UUCACAUUCUUCACAAUCCGGGCGCCACAAUGACCAACACCACCAUCUCACGAACCAUACCCAAACGCUUCUUUCUGGGCCUUCGAAAUCAUUUUCUCUCUUACCCGCUUCCACAUUUUCGGCGUUACCACCGCCUCACCAAAACGCAUUGCCACCACAAAACACCGCUCGCUUCUCUCUCACCAAAGCUUUUCCUACCAUUCUCUUCUUCUCCCUCUCACAAGUUUGGGUUCGUGGGUUGGUAUCUGCGUAACCUCGAAGCUCACCCGGUCGUCACCAAAAGCGUAACGUCCUCGCUUAUUUUCGCCGCUGCUGACUUGACAUCACAGAUGAUCACAUCACCCUCUUUUUCCGCCUCAUAUGAUUUAAAAAGGACAUCCCGCAUGGCAAUAUACGGGUUGAUAAUCUUGGGGCCUUCACAGCAUAUGUGGUUUAAUUAUCUGUCCAAAAUUUUACCUAAGAGAGAUGUGCCAUCAACCUUGAAGAAAAUUUUCAUGGGGCAAGCUUUAUUUGGUCCUGUCAUCAAUACUGUUUUUUUCUCCUAUAAUGGUGCUGUUCAAGGUGAGAAUCGGCCUGAAAUUAUUGCCAGAUUGAAGCGUGAUCUACUUCCUACAUUAUUAGGUGGUGCUCUGUUUUGGCCUGUAUGUGAUUUUGUUACCUUCAAAUUCAUUCCAGUCCAUUUACAGCCCCUGCUGAAUAGUUCAUGCGCUUAUAUAUGGACCAUAUAUUUAACAUACAUGGCAAACCGACACACUGGGAGCGAUGCCUAGGGCUAGGUUCGUAUAUAGGCACUCAAGCAAUUUUCUUUUGCUUAGCAUCUCUGUUGGCAGGGAGAUUUCUGACCAGCUACAUAAAUCAUGGUAUUUGCAAGUUUCGAAAUUCCGUAUCAAUUUGUUAUUCAAUUAUUUCUGUAUAUAGCACAUCCCAUUCAUAGUUCUCUCUUUAACAGGAACAUAACGUAUUUCUUUCUUCUACUUUUACCUUUAAUUUUUUUGGAUAACUUACUCUUAUUUUAAACCCCCCGGGUG